GGCAACCGAAUUAUCUGAACGCUUUGCUUCCAAGAAAAACUUCUAAAGAUAUAAUUGUGGUACUCGUACCAAGAACGAACACACGUGGUCGGGGAGAAAAUCCUCAGGCCAGCGAGAAAACUAUAGUUAAGGAACUCGGCAAAUUAGCCCCCUCUCUGCUAAGGCGUAAGCCGAUGUAUAGGGGGCGACGUCUGCCCAGUGCUCCAAGACUCGGUGAAAUCUUAGUACCGGUGAAGAUGCCGGUGGGAGACUGUGAUUCCAAGGUGCCAGUUUUGGAGGAGUCGUCGGUGGGACACCACCCUUAUAGGCAGAAUAAUUCUAACUUAUUGGUUUACAGCCAAAAGGACAGUGUUUGGUGGAGCGUAAAGGUACAAGGAUGCUUAACUGUGAGACUUACAAGUCGAACAGAUACGAAAGUAGGACUUAGUGAUCCGGCGGUACUUAGUGAUCACAUCGACGGAAGUGUUUGGCACCUCGAUGUCGACUCAUCGCAUCCUGGAGGUGAAGAAGCUUCCAAGGGUUGGGCUGAAAUUUGCGAAGAUCUGCUCUCAGUACGCCAGGACCGGAGUGGACUGACCAAUGGUGUACCAGUUGUCUUGUCAAAGGCACGGCUGGCUAGCUAUAGAAUUUGUUGUACUGGUGAUUAUAACAAAGUGGUAAUACCUGUUCCCAUUCCGAAUACAGAAGUCAAGCACUUUAGUGGCGAAAAUACUCUUUACGGGGAAGAUACGGGCAAAUCUACUCUGGCGAAAGCGAUUCAAGAAUUAAGCGAAGAAAAGUUUUUGUAUGUAGGAAUUGACACUCUUUUUGGUGCUCUGCCAAGAAAAAUUGUUGGUUUCGACCAAAAAGCCGAAGCAGGAUUUCGCUAUGUGAUUGACCCUAAAACAGGUGAUUUAAUUGAAAUGAAAGUCAGUCCUUAUGCUGGAUUAGUAUUUUCUUGCUUGCCAAAAAUAGUAAAAUUACUAGCCGAUAACGGCUUAAACGUAAUUUUUGAUGAAUGUAAUUUUGUUAAGAAAAACGAGACUGAAUUCUUGAUUAGUGAUUACAAAACUUUUUUCUCCGAACACAAACUUCUAAUGGUUGGUGUAAAGUGCAAUUUGGCAACCAUGGAACAAAGAGAAAAAUCAAGGGGAGAUAGGGUUAUAGGAAUGGCAAAGAUUUUUUACCAAAAUGAGAAAAAUUUCCAAUUUCCUUACGAUUUGGUUGUUGACACCAGUCAGACAAGCCCUUUUGCCAACGCACAAAAGGUUUUAAAAUUGAUAGAAGCUAAUGAAAAAUAA